AUGACAAAGCUAUCGAAUGCUCGUGAUCUUCUCGGCAUGGUUUUCUUACCAAUCAUGAACGUAGUUUUGUCACUCAUCCUGAUGGGCUUGCUUAUCUAUGUUUACAUUAACGCAAACGGUCAACCACUGGACUAUACCAUGGGCAAGAUGAAAAUACCCUCAGUAAUAUCAUUGCUUACGACACUUCUCAAAAUGUGUAUAGCAGGUGGUAUUGGCUAUGCUGUGUCUGAAUAUAAAUGGGUGCGUCUGCAGGAUGGCGGGGCUCUCAGCUUGCUUGACGUUUACGACGCAUGCACUCGAGGAGUUGGCGGUGCCAUCCGUGUCAUGCUAUCGAUCCGCCUCGACUACAUAAUCUUACCGGCAGUGAUAUUCCAACUCGGCCUUAUUACGAUUGGUCCAGCUACACAAGUCGUGCUCACUACCUACGCGGACCAAACUAAUUGCACAAGUCCCACUGAAAUGUACAAUGGACGAAUGCAUUUCAACAAUUUUUCUCUAAACGACUUAUCAUCGUUCGGCUAUCCCUUUGAUCAGCGCCUCAAUUAUGGCUUGAAAAAGCAAUAUGUUGUCAUCUUUGGCUUCGACUCAACACCGUAUCAAACAGCCAUGCCACUUAACUACUGGUAUAUGGUAAACUCGACAGGCUUGACGUUCGCAGAUAUUCCUAUGUUCUACACGGACAUCGAAUGUCAAGACGGGACUUUCGACGAAACUCAAAUCAUAAGCCCAACGACAAGAACUGCUAUUACCUUGGCUGAAUUUUACGGCAGUACGCAGCCCGUCGCUCCGCGUGUAUACUACGCUGGCUCUAUGUACAAUAGGACGAUUUAUGAUAUACAGCAUGCCAGAGUACCUUCGUUGAUGAAUGACGAAUUCAAUCCAGCACUCCGCGCCUUUGUAGGAGAUCAGACAUUUGUUGCGCUGUCGCAUCAAGGACGGGCUUCAAAGGAAACGAUAGAGCGGCCGGAAGACGCAUUUGUCCAAGAAUGCACCAUUCGUACACACAUGGCGCUCAACAACAUUACGACAGGAACAGGAGGUGGUUUCUUCUUUGAGCCUGGCCCAAGAGAGCCUAUUGAAAUGGAUUACGACCUCUUGAUUAACUCAUCAUUCUGGUACGAUCAUCCUCUUGGUCCAGCACGAGCCAUGCAAAACGCUUACGCCUAUCAACUGACACUUAUGGCAGCGAUGACCGGAUUCAGAGAAAGCGCGUUUCAAGACCGAUUGGCAGACACCUGGGCAAGCAAUAACCCUGACCGCAAUACGCUCGAGAAUUUUUUGCGUGCCGCAUUUAACCAGAGCGACGUGGCACUGUCUAUUGUCAAUCCCACGACUGCCACAUCCGUUGUAUACGCCCAUGCCUGCUAUCCCAUAGAUCCAGUGUAUACUUUGAAUGCACCAUCAUUUUACACCGUGUCGUUGAUAGCAAUUCUGCCUUUACUUUGGUGGGUCAUCAUGUGGAUCAUCAGUCUCUAUCAGACAAACGGCGUCUCCCGCGGCAAUUCACAGAUUGCGCUGCUUGUCACUGGGUUCACAAAAAAAGCGGCCGAGCAAUUUAAAGGAUAUUCGCACGCAGGUCAGCGGACCCUCUUCCAGAAAGCCAGCACAGUCGACGUUACAUUCGGUGAAGUCAAAAGAAUGGACAACAAAUCCGGGCACAUUGCAUUCGGUCUAGAGAACGAGCUUCAUCCACUCAGAGCUCGCCGGAGGUCGAUUUCCAGAGCAUAA